AUGGCAAUGAGCGCCCCUCGUCCUCGCGCAGCUGCCAAUGGCUCCAUGCGGACUGCUCGCCUCGCCUUCAUCGGCCUCUUCCACGCCUUCGCGCCCAUGGUGACCGCGUUGCCCAUGCCUUUUGGCGACGCGACCCUCAGGACUGCCGGAGAGGAGGUCCCCACGGACAACGAUGGAGAGCGCUGGCUCCUACUGGGUAUCGCCGUCGCGCUUGUCUUGGCCGGUGGUGUGUUUGCGGGUCUGACCAUUGCCUUGAUGGGCCAAGACGAAAUCUAUCUCCAAGUGCUUGCCUCGUCUGGCGAGAAGCACGAGCGCAAGAACGCGGCCAAGGUGCUGAAGCUGCUCGAGCGAGGCAAGCACUGGGUUCUGGUAACGCUACUCCUGAGUAACGUCAUUACCAACGAAACCCUUCCUAUAGUCCUGGACAGAUCCCUCGGCGGAGGAUGGCCUGCCGUUGUCAGCUCCACGGUCCUUAUUGUCAUCUUCGGUGAAGUCGUGCCUCAAUCAAUCUGUGUGCGCUAUGGUCUGCCAAUCGGCGCCAUCAUGGCACCCAUCGUCCUCGGCCUCAUGUACAUCAUGGGCAUCGUCGCCUGGCCGACUGCCAAACUCCUCGAUUACCUCCUCGGAGAAGACCACGGUACCGUUUACAAGAAGGGUGGCUUGAAGACACUAGUCAGCCUGCACCAGUCGCUCGGACUCGAGCACGAGCGCCUGAACGAAGACGAAGUCACCAUCAUCACCGCUGUGCUGGACCUCAAGGCCAAGGCUGUCGGCAACAUCAUGACGCCCAUGAAGGAUGUCUUUACCAUGUCAUCCGACACUGUCUUGGACGAGAAGAUGAUGGACAACAUCCUGUCCGCUGGCUACUCCCGUAUUCCCAUCCAUACCCCCGAGAAUGAAAACAACUUCGUCGGUAUGCUCCUGGUCAAGAUGCUCAUCACAUACGAUCCAGAGGAUGCUCUACGCGUACGCGACUUUGCUUUGGCCACCCUACCCGAGACACGCCCGGAAACGAGCUGCCUCGACAUCCUCAACUUCUUCCAAGAGGGCAAGUCCCACAUGGUGCUAGUCUCUGAAUUCCCCGCUGAGGCACGCGGUGCCGUCGGUGUCGUUACUCUGGAGGACGUCAUCGAAGAAUUGAUCGGAGAGGAAAUCAUCGACGAGUCCGACGUAUUCAUCGACGUACACAAGGCAAUCCGACGCAUGGCCCCCGCCCCUCGCGCCCGCGUUCCUCGAGGCAAAGUCGUCACCGAUGUUCCCCGCAAACCUUCCGAAGCACAAGCUGUAGACUCCGAAACAGACGCGGAGCAGAAUGGCAAGCCGGCGCCACGCAAGACCUCUCUACCCGAAAUGCCUGAAGGCCACCCCAAGCCCUCUUUCCUCCUUCGUCGCCGUAGCAGCGGCAGCAAGGGAGCUGGUUCACCUCUCCGCAGUGACGAUCCGACCGUCAUGCAGCACCUGAAGCAUCUCGGCCCUUCGAAUGUCGCGACCAGGCCCAAGCAGACUCGUAUCAACACUGUCAAGAUCAAGCCCGGUCAGGCAGCCGUGACCCCUGACAUUCCCAAGACGAUACCGGAAGACUCCCAGGCUCCCACCGAGGCAACUCCGACUGAGGGUGUAAUAACCCAAGAUUCUCAUGCGCCUGAGGGUGGCAUUGGUGAGGGCUUGCUAGCAUCGGCAGGUCGCGAAGCUAGCGACGGCGUACACAGCGUAGCGGUGGGAUAUGGCACCAUGGCUCCAAGUGGCGACCGCAUGUCGUGGAGAUCUGGUCGAUCGGGUAUGAGGGAACACGACGACGAACCUAUGUCUCCAAAGGGUGGUGCGAACGAAGACGACGAAAACACCCAUCUCUUGGUCGACAACCGCAACGAGAACGGCGAGGCAAAUAGAUCACGGGCACGCUCCGUCAGCACCAUUGCCUCCCUGCGCUCGAUGCGCUCGCGCUCGCGCAGUCCCUUGAAAAAGCGACACACUGCUCGAAGCGGUAGCAUCUCUGAGAACGUUGUCGACGUCAAUGGCAUCAAGAAGAUCGUCUUGGAGACCACAAGCUCCAGCGACUCGGAAGAGAAAGCGAACGGCAGCCAAGUCGAUGGUCAAGACGGCGAAAAGCAUUCUGAAGCCGAGUCUUCGCAUGCCGGAGGCAAAGGCGCAAGCAAAAAGAAGAGGAAGAAGCGAGGUAAGAAGAAGAAGGUUGGCGCUGGAGACAGCCACGAGUCACAACCUCUACUCGGAGACAGGUAA